GUCGAGGUGGAGGUUGCCUGGGGUACGGGCUGCCAGUGUUGACUAGGCGGUGGAGGGAAGUAGUCGCGUCGCUCCGCUCUCUUGGUCUCUCCACUCCCUUUCUCUCUGCUCCCACUUCCGUGCUGCAGUGGUGUGUGUGUUGGUGUUGGGGGAGUGGUGGUGCGUCUGGACGCCAUCACACAACACCACCCAAGCCAACUGUGCUCAAGGUUCGCUCCUCUUUGUUACCCGAACAUAGUUAUUUCUCUCCCUCAUAUUUGUGAUUGACGGUUCUUCGCGAAGAACCCUGUGAACAUUGACGUUUUCUUUGUGAACAUUUACACGUUACUGUUCUUCAGACUCAUUCGCUGAGUCCCAGCACCUGGCUCUGGAGAUCAUUGUAUAUUGAAACAAUAUUAAUCUAUUGCGUUUCGCCUGGAUAUUACUUAACGUUGAAACGAAAAUCUAUAUUCUAGUAUUUUCCCAUUUGUGUGGCGUGGGUAAGAUUGUGUGUCCUCGGAGGGGCGGUGUGGGGCUCAGUCCUGUGGAGACACCUUCAGGAGGCUGUGUGUGGGGCUCAGUCCUGUGGAGACACCUUCAGGAGGCUGUGUGUGGGGCUCAGUCCUGUGGAGACACCUUCAGGAGGCUGUGUGUGGGGCUCAGUCCUGUGAAGACACCUUCAGGAGGCUGUGUGUGGGGCUCAGUCCUGUGGAGACACCUUCAGGAGGCUGUGUGUGGGGCUCAGUCCUGUGGAGACACCUUCAGGAGGCUGUGUGUGGGGCUCAGUCCUGUGAAGACACCUUCAGGAGGCUGUGUGUGGGGCUCAGUCCUGUGGAGACACCUUCAGGAGGCUGUGUGUGGGGCUCAGUCCUGUGGAGACACCUUCAGGAGGCUGUGUGUGGGGCUCAGUCCUGUGAAGACACCUUCAGGAGGCUGUGUGUGGGGCUCAGUCCUGUGAAGACACCUUCAGGAGGCUGUGUGUGGGGCUCAGUCCUGUGAAGACACCUUCAGGAGGCUGUGUGUGGGGCUCAGUCCUGUGAAGACACCUUCAGGAGGCUGUGUGUGGGGCUCAGUCCUGUGAAGACACCUUCAGGAGGCUGUGUGUGGGGCUCAGUCCUGUGGAGACACCUUCAGGAGACACUACUUCCUCCCGCCACCACCACCAGCUUUAAGAUAGACUGAAAGUUUCUUCACAAGACUCCAGUGUGCUGUGAUGAUGAUGAGAACCUCGAGCUGCUGUUGUGGGUCCAGGAGCCUGAGUCCUGUGCUUAUCAUUUCCCUGCUGGUCACCUCCAUCAAUGGAAUGUGUGAUCUGCCCAGCCAGUGGAGAGGUGGAUGGUUCCAAAGUGGUGUCAGGGACAUCAUCUCAAUCACAAGAACAGAGUUCUCCUCCAAGGGGGUUUGUGUUCACUCCUCUGGGGAAAAGUUCCUUUUUAAAGACAGCGUCCGACCUCGCUCAGCGUACCGCGCCACACAGUCUUUUACCAAAGACAAAAUAGCCAAUGAAUUGUUCAAAGACGUUGACGAAUCUGAUAUUGACGACUCGGAUAUAGAUGAGGACUAUACACAGCCUGAGGAAAUAGAAACCACGGAUAAUGAGGGUGACAAAAUGAGUGAAAUGGACUUCUUUACUGCAUAUUUCAAUGAGACGCUUAUGGAACAUAUUGUUCACAAAACGAACAGAUUUGCAGCUGAUCUCAUUGAAGGACCCCUUAGCAGCUUAAGGGCUAAAGAUGAAAGUGACAGUGAUGUAGAUAGUGAGUUUGUUGAAACUGAAACAGCAGGUGAGGUUGAACUCGAAAGAGAGGGGAAUGCUGAUUUUGAGCCCACUACCGCCACAGGCACACGUGGACACACUGCAACACUGUGUGAGCCAUCUCGUGACCUGGCAUCACUCUGCGCACAGAUCACCGGUGAUGCGCUUCUCUUCUCUAUGUUUCGUCGGGAUGCUCCUCCAGCAGCAUGUCCCUUCAAAGGGCCACUCACCUUCAGCUAUACUCGAGGACAUGGCCAGUGUAGUGUUCCUGCCUCUACUAUAGACUCCUGCACUAGUGACAGUCGACUACUGUUUAAGUAUCAAGCAUGUCCUGAUGUGCAAGGCACAGAGAGCUCAGUGGAAGAGGUUGAGUGUAUUGGCCACUGGAAGGAGGGUUCCACACGGUAUUUCGUAGGUCAGCUAGAAGCUAGCCGGGCUCUGACCGAUGAAGAUCGGUACCGGUGCUUUGCAUGGGAACGAGCAAGAGAAGCAGAAGACAACAUUGACUACCGAAUGGCACAAUCAGGUGAUGCAACCUGUAAUGGAGUCUUCUCUGCUUAUGAUGGUUCUAAGACAAUGAGAAUAAAAAAAGCGGGGAGCUAUGGUGGGUGUGAGUUCCCAUCGUGGGUUAGCAGCCAUAGGCGAUGGCACGCACUGGACCGUGGAGCAUCUUACUCUGUGGGCCAUCACAAUACCACACUACGGUUACAUCAUGCCCAUAACUCAAGAACACAACCGACACAACUUGGAAUUAUUCAGGAAGAAGAGGAAGAAGCAGGAGAGACAGAACGAACCAAGGUAAACUAUGCGGGCACUGAGGCUCGACUGGUGUGUUCUCAGCAGCGAGAAGCGACAUCUUCCAGGGUCGUACUUGUAACUCACCUCACAACUGGCUGCUCCAGUGGCUAUGUGUGUACAGUGCUCUAUCGGAGAGAUGGACAUAUAAUUGAAAUGCAGCAGGGAUCACGUGCCAUUAGAGCUGCCGAUGCUUGUCAUUCUAUGUACUUCAAUGAUUCCACUGCUUCUCAUACUACACUAACAAGUAAGUCGAAAUAGAGAUCACAAAUUUAAAAUUGGUGUGGAAUGGCUGCUAAUA